UUGGCCUGUGAGGACCCCAACCAACGAGGCUGGGGGAGAGAGGGAAGGAGAGGUGGAGUUUUGUUGUGUGGGAGGGUUGCCGGGGCAACGGUGAAGGGGGUGGGGCCUGGCCGAAUUGUGGUGUGUGAAGAUGAAAGAAUGGAGGAGGAGUUUCACUCCAUUGCCUCGCAACUAUGUCCAUCUGCAGACUUCUCUCUCAUCCGUCACCAGCUCCUCCUCAACGACUACGUCUCCGCCCUGUCUGGCCAUGCCCACUCGGGAAGCUCCGCCCACCCAGACACUCAGACUAUAGUCAGAGGUCUGACUGAGGAACCUCUCUCCAGUAGCAGAGGUCGUGGCUCCAUGCUCCUCAUCAGGUCACAUGACAGUCACAUGGGUCAACAGUUCUUCUCCAAGCUCAAGGCCACUCGCGAUGCCCUCGGACUCCAGUUCCGCUUCGAGAUGGUCCUGGACUCCGGCAGAGAAGGUUUAACCCUCUCCCCACACUUCCACCGCCGCGUGCGCAAGACCACGGGGAAGACGGAUUCCAGUAUCUAUGGCACGUGGGUAGAUCUGAGACUACUGUACCCGUCUGACAUCACGCGCUCCGUGUACGAGUCAGAACUGGCCUGGGCUAAUGGCUACCUGCCCCCCUCCCCCUCUCUCUCCUCCUCCUCCUCCCACCUCAGACAGCCCCACACACUCAGAACCACUUCAGACAAGGACACAAGUAGUCAUCAUUCUGAUGAACAGGAAGUGAUGUCAGAAUCACAUGACCCAGAGACACUGGGGGCGGGGUCAGACGAGGAAGAGGAAGAGGAGGUGAUUGACGUCAGUGACCUGCCGUCCCAGACUCCGCCCACUGCUACCAUGACAACCACGGUGUGUGCCAUUCUCCCAAACCACCACCAGAACAGAACAGAGACCGUCACUUCUCCUCACCUCUCCCUUCCUCAUGUCGACCUAUUUGCUGAUCUAUCAGACUCUGAAAGUGACUCAGAGGACGAAGGGGAACCCCCUGCAAUCACCAGGACCUGCUUGUUGCCACGGCCUUUCUUCCAUAUUUGGACAUCUCGAAACAUACAACAGGCACUUCUGUUGCCACCGGCAACAGGGGUGGAAUGGGCGUCGCCCAGCUCAAAGCAUUCUCGCAGCAGUGGUUCCCAUGGCAACACGGCCAGUAACGGAGGAAGCUCCGCCCCCUCAGGGCACACAGAGAAAGCACGACGACCUCCACUUUUUGAUCCAGACCCCGCCCACCAAACCAGUUACUACAGGAAAUGGAGUAAACCCUGUAAUUCCGUUGCUAAGAAAGCCCUGGACAUGUUGCUACGAGCUACCAUCUCGGGAACUAAACAUCGGUUCCUGCUGACUGGCCCCUCACAGGUGGGUAAGACGGGGGCGUGGCAGUUGUUGGUGAGGUUACUCCAUGACCACCUGCGGUCCUCUCACUCUGUUUCCGUGGAGAUUCCUCCACCCCAACACUCCAUUUUACUCCAGGAAAACUCAUCAGCACCGUCUGGUGGGGCGCAGAGCAGGGUCGUUGCUCCCGGCUACCUAAAGCAGCUGUACCGGGAGUUGCUAGGCAACGACAAGAAGCCCUUCACCAACGCCCCACCCUCUCCCGUCACCUCCAGCACCACCGUUCACACACAAGCCACACCCCCUACGCCAAGCACAACUAUCAUCAGUCUAUCUCCAUACGCGGCACAAGAUAGCAGUCACUCUUGCGCAACUUGCUCGGAGCAUUCUAAAACUUACUCCACUCUCUACAUGCUCUCCCAGCGCCUACCCACGUCAUGUGGCACCGACGUGAUGCUCAGGUGGUAUGUGCCGUCGUCUCUGACAAAGUAUUGCAUAAUGGACAAAGAGCAUCAAGUUCUGGAGCGGCUGUCCCUGCCGACUACACCGGACAGACCGGAUGGAAACUGGUUUGACGAGGUACCGAUUUUCUCUCCCUCAGUUGGACGAGCGUCGUCGGCUCUCUUGAAUUUUAAUCACACUGGGGUCAAAGGUCUCCACGUGGUUGUCACGACGGCGAGUAAGAUGACGUCAUACAUGGGGGCGUGGCAGGAUCGUGUGAUAAUGGCUCUCCCCGACAACCAGACUGUCUGCAAAGGUCGGUCAGUAAUGGCGGCAUUUUACAUACUUCAGUUUUCACCUGAGUCCAAGCAAGUCCCUCGUAGGAAAUUUCUUUUGCGGUUGGCCUUAGAAGCACCUUUCUGCACUAGUUGUAUAUACAGUGCACAGAGCACAGGGCUAGUUUUCAAACACCCUAUCAGUUUACUUCCCCCACUGCCAGGUAUGAUGUACUGUCGACUGAAGGAGUUUCUUCAUCACAACUACAUCAUGAACUGCGAGGCCACGCCCCCUGACACGCCCACUCCGCUCCCUUGGGUCCUCAUAAUGAGCGACAGCUGUGUCAUGUGGAAGAGAGAGGAAAGAGAAGAUCAUUGGAGGUAUAUCGACCUGUGCUAAUAUACAGUGGAACCCCCUCUCUGAAAUGAGGACACCUCUCUAAUAGUGACAGAUUCUUCUGACCCAUUAGUGUCAAGAUUACGGGGUUUUUACAUGUACUUGCUUUACGUCUCUCUGUUAACCCUUUCCUCCCUCUCUUGUAGAUCAUGUGACCUCUCCUUGACUCACGUGCUUCAGUCAUUAUCCCAGAGACUAGGCAAUGCAUCCUCAGAGUAUUCCGCAGUCAGUGUGCCUCAAUGGACACCUCCUCCCUCCCACCCUCCCCUCUCUCACUUUGACCUCAACCACGACUUUCUCCUCCUCAACAUCGCCACGACGACCGAUGUACACUACCACACCCACAGUUACGCCAGUUUCGACACCAAUUUCAAUCUCCAGUUGUUUGUGGGCGGAGCCAGAACCCUUGUCGAUUCAGAUAUCUCCGUCGUUAGGAAACACAAUCCGCCUGGCGAUGAACCUCGUUUGCAUAACAACGUGACUACCGUGGCAACGCCCGAUGUGGACUGUAUUGCCGUGUCGCUACACGAUUCUGUUGCACCCCUCUUUGAUUACCCCGGCCCCUACCUGUUAGAGCACUAUCUACGAAUGAAGUCCCCGGACCUAUUCCCGAGCGCCCGUUCCCCCCAUACACCCAGUCCUCAUGAUAGACCAUUAUGUCAACCUUGGACCUUCCACCCACAUCUCCUUCUUCCCCUCCUCCCAACUCCAUGGCGACGACAAACAACAUCAAGACCACACCCCUCUGCCGGAGGUCAAAUUUGGUGGGCUCGUACUCUACCUCUGCGAGGGUCGCGUCUCCAGGCAACAGCUGCAACGACUCCAUUUUGUGGACGGAGCCUGUCUGUGUCUGGUGACAGAAAGUUCAGGGUCCCUGGUGAGGGAAUUGGGGCGACUGGAUCUGGAGGACAGAUGGAAUUCAGACUGAGGGAUGAGUACAAGACUGCCUGCUACGACUCACCCUCCUCCAAACCUCUCUUCUUUCUCAUUGGUCACUUCGACCAUGAUGUCACCACUCUAGCCUCUCAUUGGUCACUUCAGAAUAUGAAGUCACCACUCUAGCCUCUCAUUGGUCACUUUGGACUAUGAUCUCAUCACUUUUCUUUCUUAUCGUCAGACUGUGAUGUCAUAGUUCUUUGGUCAGUUGGGACUAUAAUGUCAUCACUCACUAGCUUCUCAUUGGUCGGUUUUGACAGCCAUGAUGUAAUCAUGAUGUCAUGA